AUGAUAAAAUAUUUAAUAUUAUUUAUAUAUUUAAAUUUAUUUAUUACAAGUUCAAAAUCAACAACAGUAUAUAAUUUAUUUUUAAAUCCAAAUUGUACAGAUUUUACUAUUCCAUGUGGAAAUGAUAUAAAUAAUGGUUGUCCGGAUAUAACUACUGCACUGUUAUCAUAUGGUGAAAUAGAAACCAAAGAAACAAGUGUAGUUUUAAAUCUUGGAGAUUUCAUAUUUAGUGGUAUAAACAAUACAAAUUUAUUAUUGUUUGGUAGAAAUAUCACUAUUAAAGGUAGUUCCACUUUGAAUAUGGCAACCAUAGAUAUUGAUAAUAAUGGAAAUUUCUUUACUCUAACGGAUGACAAUCAAAAUAGUAGUAAUCAAUCAACAACUCUAAAUCUACAAUAUUUAUAUUUAAUCGGUGGAAAUGCUUCGAUUGGAGGUGUCAUUACAAUUAAUAGUUCAUCUAGUUGGAGUCAGAUAUAUUUAUCAAUGGAUUCUGUCAAUGCUAUGGGUAAUACUGCUAAUUUAGGUGGUGUUGUUGGAUUAGUUAAUUCUUCUAGUUUGCAAACUGUCGUGAACCUUACAAACUCUGAGUUUAAUAUCAAUACAGCUGAUGAAGGAGCUGUAUUUUACUCAAAGACAGUCAGUAGAUUAGUAAUAAUCAAUUGUAAACUUUAUCAAAACAAUGGAAUUAAGAAUGGAGUUAUAACAUCAUUAAACGGAAAUGUUGGAAUGAGAAAUGUUAAUUUCGAUUCAAAUUCAGCAAGACAAUAUAUUAUUUAUAUGAAUAAUAAUAAUAGAACUUUAAAUUUAAAUGGAAUGACUUUUUAUAAUAAUCAAAUUACAUCUGGAUCACAUAUCUAUCUUUAUGGACCGACCUAUCUCACCAACUCACAACUGACACAUAAUAGAGGUUCGACGGUAAUUCACUAUGCCUCUAGAAAUCAAUUGGUAAUUAUCAACAGUACGUUCGAUUCUAAUGUAAAUAAUAUUGGCGAUCAUGGUAAAGGUGGAGCAUUAUUUAUGUCAAAGAAUACAAGUCUUGUAGUGACUUCUUCGAACUUCACCAAUAACUAUGCUUCUCAAAGUGGUGGUGCAAUCUAUUUCGAAAAAUCAAAAAAGGCAACCUUUGACAAUGUUAAUUUCAUCGGUAACACUGUACCUACUACUACUGACGGUCAAUUUAACUAUGGUAGUGCAAUUCAUAUCCGAUCUAUCAAGCUAUCGUUGAAUAUCACCAAUUCCACAUUCAAUAGUUACGCAUUAGCAUCAAAGACAUUCCCAAUUGUCUGUAACUAUGCAAAAUUGGUACUUAACAAUAUUACAACGAAUGCUGGCAAUCAAUUGGUUUUCUGUAAUGCUAAAUCGUGUGAUCUUAGUGGUGACAGUAGCUCAAUCAAUGGACUUUGUCCAUCGACCACCACCACCUCUGGACACUCGACCACCGGAGGAGGAACACCAUUACAUCCACAUAAAUUCACAGGAGCACAAGCAGCUGGAAUUAUUAUUGGUGCAGUAGCUGGUUUUGGUAUUGUACUGGUCAUUAUCUAUUUUAUUUACAAACAAUAUCACAAACGAAGAUAUCAAACCUUACAAUAA